AUGCUCUCCUCCGGCUACGCCUACCACGCCUACCAGAGUGACGCUCCACCCGGCUCCGGGCCGAAGGUGCUUCAGAACCUUUCGGUGGCGGAGGGACUGAAGCUGGAGGCGAAGCUCCAUCUGCGCCGGAAGCACGGCUUCCACCGUGGAAACACCAUUGCAGACAUGUGGGCGGUGUACCGAAACUUGAAAGAUGACCCCCGCGUCCUCACUCUGCGCGCUGAAGAUAUCUUCGGCAGCUUUGACGACCACGUGAGGAGGAUGUUGUCGCACCUCUUACCCUCACUGCGCAUGGGACCCGGGCUCUGGAGGCAGAUCCGAGGCCUUGCGGCGCGCUUCGACGAGAGCCGCUGCGGGCGCUGCAUUCCCACGCCCAGCGCUCAGACCACGGAGAGCCAGCGCCGGCUGAAGCGGCGGGCGCGCCGAGAGCUGGCGACGGAGGUGCUGAGGCGGACGGGUGAGGUCCGGAAGAUCCUGCGCCUGCAGCGGGAGCUGGGCUACGAGGAGGAGGAGGAGGGCGAAGUUAUGACGGAGAGUCGGAAGCGGGAGCUCCUCCGUUGCUGCCGGGCCACAGCCCGGCCCUAUGUCAGCGAGACCUGGAGCUUGAAGUUCAAAGACUCAGCGGAGUUGCGUUCGGUGCUGUUGCAAAAGGCAAGCAGCUGUGUGCGUCACUUUGGCCACGUGGUCUUCGUCGAUUGGGGCCUCGACGGCCUCCCGGGGACACCUUCAGCGUCCUCGUCCUCCUUUCUGGCGUCGCUUCUGGAGUCACCGCUCCUCGGUGCCUGCAUCUCAUCUCAUCUUCGCUGCGGAGUCAUCGAAAGGGUCUGGAGCCAGACGCCCGCAGCCGCGAUGCCGGCGGUGCCGCCGCCACCAACUGCACGACUUCGUGGCCGCAUUUGCGGUCCAGAGGACUUGGCGCAUGUUCUCGAUUCUCUGCCAGCCGACCGGACACUGCAAGAGACCUUGAGUGCCCUGGUCCAGAGACUGGAGUCGGAGGCUGGGAAGACGAAGAUCAUGAACACAGGCAGAGCGAGGGGCUGCGGCUUUGCAGCCUCCGUGCCCGAGCGAAGUGCUUGCAGGGAUGAACUGCAGCCUGUUGGGAAGGAUCUCUUGGACGAGGUCGACUUGGUAGAUGAAGCCGAUGAGAAAAUUCUGUUGUCAAUUGAGCAGCCCUGUGGCAGACAGGUGCCGGGUGAGGCGAGCCGUGUGGAGCUUACCCGGCCCGCUCUGAAUUGCAGCGCCGACCUAAUGCGUUUGCACCUGUUUCUCAACUUCUCCUGUGAGGUGAUUGGAGCCUUUGACAGUGGGAGCGAAGCGCCUGGCAAAGGCGCGGAUUUCAGCAAGCUUGAGGAGGUCCUGAAAGAGAAAGAUUUCAAGGCUGCAGAUGCGGAGACACGACGGCUGCUCAUCGAACUGGGUGGGGAGGCUGCGGUGAAGAGAGGUUGGGUCUACUUUGCCGAGGUUCGCAAGAUCGAAGAACAGGACAUGGAUGCGAUGGAGACGCUCUGGCAACACUACAGCGAGGGACGUUUCGGCUUCAGCCCGCAGCGAAAGAUCUGGAAAAGGGUCCGAGGACAGUUCGACAAGUUCGCCGAGGAGGUGGCCCAAACAAACGAAAGCAUUCCGUCUCCUGGUUCACUGACACCUGGAAGAAUCGAAACUGGCCCGGUCCCUGCAGCGGAGCAGUCUGAGGAUGUGGGUGUUAAAGACUCCGUCGUUCAAUCACCAAAUGGGAUUAGGCCGGAUGAGUUCAUCUACAGCCUCGAGGCCCCGGCCCGGCUCUCGGAGUCACAGUUGGUUACAGCGGGCGAAGCUAAGCUAGAGCUCAGUGCUUCCGCUGAGGAGCUGCUGAGCCACCCGGGCAUUGAAAACAGAAAGGCUGCGGCAGUGAAGGCCCGGCCGUCAAAGUCGGAGCCGACGGACGAUUCGGGAAAGGGCUUCGAAGUGGGUGGUCUUCCGAAGUUUGGCCGCCCGAAGUUUGUCAAGCCGCAAGCUUUCAAAUGUAUCGGCGAAGAUACCACAAGGUUCGUCCGGCCGCCGCCAGCGUCGCGGUCGCCCCGGCUGCACAGCUUGCGCGGGGCUCAGCCGGCUAAGCGGAGGGCCGCGGCGAAGUCGCCCUUCGAUCAGGUCCCAAAGGCCGUUAGCCUGGAUCCAUUGCUCAACGACCAGCUCAGCUCCAUGGGGCAGGAGAUCAGCCACCUGCUGCUGCGUGCGGGGCCCGCCAAAGAUUUCGAGGUCCGAGCGUUGAGCCAGUCUCUGGCAGGACUGGGUGCGAAGACUUUCAACUGGUGUGCCGCUGAGAUGGAGGAGCAGGCGCUCUUGGCAAUUGCCCUACAACCAAAGUCUGGAGGUCCAAUGAAGAAGUGGUUCUGGCGCCCCUUCGAGCGCACGAGCUUCAAGCACCACGGAUACUAUGGCCAGUCGACGCCUCCUUGCAUUGACACCGAGCGCGACGUGGUGUUCUCAUGUACAUUGAAAAAUGCGUCCAUGUACUCACUGAACAUCGGUGGCAGCAACGUUACCUUUGCUUUCCCAGCGGAGUCCUACGAAGCCGGCUCGCUGCUGAACAUGGGUCUCCCCGGGGAUGCGGCUGAGUUCGAAGAAGUUUGGUACCCGGCAAACUUCACUGUGGAGAUUGAGCCGGAUGGAGACACCAUGGACUGCACACUGCUCCUGAAGAAAGGGAUGGACACGGUGGAUGAGUGGAAUGGCCCUGUGGUGGCUACCGAGGCCAUCUUUGACGACACUCCCGAGGAUGGCUGGCUUGCCUUCUCUCCAAUCGCAGACUUCUGUCAAGACGAAGGUGACUGGGAAUAUGGUGACACUGGCGUUCUCUCGAUCAUUUGGAUGGUCCUCGACUUGGCCGUGUCCUCGGGCCUCAGCAAGCUCCAACGCAGGGAUCUCGCCGAGGUGGUCUUGGAGUACUGCAGGCCCUGCGCCCAUUUGGAUCCCACGCUCGAGGACUUGUGCAUCGACCUUGAGCAGAUCCAGUGGGCUGAGGUGUCCGUGGCCCCGGCAGCAGUGGGUCGGGAGGCGCCUCCGCCGGCCUGGCUCACAAAGGCUCCCGUGUCCGGGGAGGAGCUGUGUCGGCCAGUGGUGGAGGCCACGCCGAGGCCUCACGUUGCUCGCUUCUUUGAUGGGACGAACUUCGUCGGCAUAGCUCGCCUCCUAGCCGUGAGCCAAGCAGAACAGGAGCCCCGUCAAGUGUUUCUACAUGCAAAGGACGAUGUAAUGGCGCUGCACGAAAGUUGUUCUCCGCUUCGGGAAGCAGUGCCCUGCCAGACACAGGCGGAGACGACGCCGGAGCGAUGCGACGAGCCGGCUUCGCCGAAGGACUCGCCCGAGGAUCCGCUGAAAGCGCAGCAUAUGCGGCCCGACGAGGCACACGGCCGCGUGCAGGAGCUGCUGCAGCAGCGGCUCCAGCAGAUUCUCCAAAGAGGGCAGCAAGAGCGCCUGGAUGUAGCGAAGCUCCAGGAGCUUCAGCAGCUUCUUGUUGGCCUGGGACAGUGCGCGGACACGCAAGCCCUUCCGCAGUCACCCCGUUGGUCGCAGCAGUCACCGCGCUCGCCCAUGUCACCCUCCCGGCAGGAGCCGCCGCCGGCGUGCCCUCAGCAGCCCUCGACGCCACGGCCUGCGACGCCGCCUUCAGCUCCCCGCCACAAUGGGCUGCCACUGCUGGUGCCCAGGCAACAGGACCUUCCCCCGCGACAUCCUCCGCACCUACAGGGCCCAGUCUCUCCCGCAGCCGCUUACGGGCCAACGCGGCAGCGACAG